UUCAACUACCCUGACGAAUCUCCAGAACAAUUGAUACAGAGUCUGAAAUCGGAAGGAAAGCUCGGCUGCUUUCUCCGUCGAGACCAAAUGUCAAAGAAGCCAGUGUACGUAGAACUCGACGUUCAAAAAUUCUGGAACAGCGUCAACGACACCCUCACCGCAGUGAUUUCCCGCGCUCUUAACUUGAGCCCCGAAUUCCAAAAACUCGACCAUAUUAAGCAACAAGCCACCUACUUCGCCACUGAAAUCACAAAGGGAGUCUGCGUUCUUACUUAUCUCAAGCUAAGAGCUGUUAAUUUCUCUCUCGACUUCGGCCUAGGCGCUUCUAGAUUCUUCAAGAAGCCGAUGGUUCAUUCCCCCUUUGAGGUCCCACAACCAUUUGGGGUUGCUAUCUCUGGACUAGGGUUUGUACGAAUCACCAGUCUGCCGUUUGAGCAGAUCAUAUGCCCCACUCUUUCGGAGGUUAACGCCACCGGGCUUUGCUUGCCGUCGGAUCAAAGCUGGUCGUUUCAUAGAUAUUCUCAAGCUGUGGAAUUUGCAAAAGGGAUUGGUCUUAAGUUUUCGACUGUUGAUUUGUCUGUGAACUUAGGUUCGAGCUGGUGGCUGUACCGGCCGGUUGUGGAUGGAGGCAUCUUUCGACUGCAGUGUAUCCUACCUCCAGAUAACUACAGUAAAGAGAGUGCGGUGGUGAGAACUUUGUUUAUGAGUUCGAGUGUGGAUAAUAUUGCCGGACACGAGAUCUUUGAUCUGUCUAGUGUUGAGAACCAUGACUAUGGUUCUAUGCUUCGAAAUCCACACGAAGGCAUCAACGUUUCCACUUAUCUUGCAUUUGAAGAAGUUGCUGAGAAUUGAGGGUUAAUAAUUGAGACUUCUGGAUCAAACUUGUUGUGUUUUUUCGGAUUCAUUUCGUGCAGUUUUCUAAAUGUACGUUGUGCAUGGUUUAUAAAUAUUGAUGAAAUGAAUUGCUAUGGUCACUCGAU